AAUGGGUUGCCAGAUGGUGGUGUCAUACAUGACCGAUGACAUCACAAUGGUCUUUAAGCCAAUUUGAACAAUGGGUUAAUGUGGAUAUGUAUCAGUCUUCAUUGGUUAUUGACAUGGCUUGUUUCUGCUGGUGCAAAAAGAAAAAACGUCAGAAAGCAAAUUCAGUUGAUGUGGAGCAGAAGACAAGAAAGAAGGAGUGGCACUUCAUCCCCCUCUCCAAUUCCAUCUGACCGUUCUGAACGGAAUGCCUCCGUCACCUCUGACCCUUCACCCUCUGACCAACUCUCCUCCCUCCAUCCACCUUCCUCUCCUGUUAAAUGUUCCUCUCAGCCUUGCUCUCCUGCUAAACAGCCCUCUGUACCCCGGUCACCUGCCAAACACCCUUCCCCAGUGAAAUCCUCUCCAGUGGUGUCCCUCCCUAGUUCUCCCUCUCCUACCAACCCUCUGGACUGUCAUGGAGACACCAGCCAUGAGGGCACAACAGUCAGACCUCUGUCUCUUCUGGACCACUCUAGCCCAAGGCCCCAGAGGCCAGUCUCAGCCACCAGAAGCAUGAGUCUUCCCAGGGCCAGCUCAGCCACCAGAGGGUCAGAAGAGACCCAGGGGGCCAGAGGAGAACGGGGGGCACUGGUCAACAUGGAACUUCUUGGGUUGCCUAACAUUGGCAACACUUGCUUGCUUAAUGCCACCCUGCAGUGCCUCCUGGUCCUGCCUUCCUUCUCAAAGGAAAUCCUGCACCAGGAACAACUCUGGAGCUCCUCCCCCUUCUCCAACCUGCUCAGGUGUCUGUCUGAUGUGUACCGUUCGAGUCUACCUGACAGUGGGGCAAACCAGACCUCAAAAGCAGACCUCAUGUGGAAGGUCAAGUACUCCUUGUCAGGAUAUGAUUUUAAAUAUCUGGGGGACACGCAACAGGACGCACACGAGUUACUUGUGAACAUGCUGUGUCAGCUGAAGGAGGAGGGCAUGAUAUUGAAGACACUCGGGGUGAGCUAUACCUGCCCUGUUUCCCAGCUGGAGUUCCAGCUUGUGUCGGUGCGAACAUGUACCAGGUGUGGGCGCGAGUCUUCCACCAGAGAGGACUACAACCACUUCUCAUUGGACUUAAGCCCUGAGCGCACCUUGCUGAGUAGCCUAGCACUCACUUUCAAAGGUGAAAAGGUUGAAUUCAAAUGUGAGGGCUGUAAAGGACUCCACGCCACAAAGUUGGAGCUUUUCCACACACUGCCUCUUGUGCUGGUUCUGCAUCUGAAGAGGUUUGGAGGACCUGAGGGGUUCGAGAAGCUGGAGGCUCCUCUUUUGUUUCCUUCGGAGCUGAGUCUCUCCACCCUCUGUGGGGACAUGGUGCCACACCUGCACAGUGCCAGCCCACAGGACCUCACCAACCAAGUCUCCAGCCCACCUGGAGAGGCCAAAGACAGCGCCCUCUACUGUUCAGAUUCAAAUGACCAGGAACCAGGGAAAGUGCUACUGACAGCCUCAGUGAAGCAGCAGCCAGUGAAGUCAGUGAAUGGUUACUACCAGCUGACUGGUGUAGUCUCUCAUUUGGGAGGCUCCGCAAACUCCGGACACUACAUUAGUGACAUCUUGAAUGCCAGUGGAAACUGGUUCUGCUGUAACGACAGCCAGGUGUCAAUGUCCAAUGAAGCCACUGUGCUGAGGACCAGAGCCCGGAGUGCCUACAUGCUCUUCUAUAUGUUCAGGUACUGCUUUCUCUCACCAUCUAUAUUCUUGUGUUGCUAUAUAUGUGUACGGUUCCUUUCACCCUACAGGGCAAGAGAGCGGGAGGCCCCAGCACACAGGGCCUAACUGGGCCACCUGCACCAGCCCCAGCCUAAACAGGGGCAGCACCUGGACCGGCCUCCAAACACUCAGACAUGCCUCAACAGGGGUAGUACCAGGCCCAGCCUCAAAAACCCCAGCCCAGCCUCAACAUGUGAAGAACCAGGCCCAGUCUCAACAUGGACAGAACAAGACCCAGCCCCAACACCCUCAGACCUGCCUCAACAGGUGCAGCACUCGGCUCAACUUCAAUCAUGCGGCUCAAGGGAGACUUGCUCUUCAUCAGUAGCAUGAACAUUCUUUCAGUAGCUCAUGUCAUAAAUGCCUGCCCUUGAUUUGACUACUUCACCUAAUGUAUAAAGCUCAUGUAAAAAAACAUAAAGUAUACACACUAAAUGUAGUACACAUGUAAAUGUGGUGGAUAGAGUGUGUGAUUAUUUAGAGGGUAUAACAUCCCUUCUAUUUGGUUUGGUUUGAAAUCCUCCUGUUGUGAAAUACACUGUGGUGUAUAACUUCUUAUUCAGCAUGGUCAGACUGGAUGACCUGCAAUAUUCAACAUUGAUCCAGGUCCCCAGCAUGUCAGGAGAUGACUUGUGUAUGCCAUGCAAUCUUAAU